AUGGUGGCACAGCAUCGCGCUGGUGGGGACCAUGCACCAGUGUGUCCCUCCAUUGUACAAAAGGCUCCCCCUCUACAAGCAGCCGAGUGUUUUCCAAAUUUCCGCAAUGGCGGCCGGGGCGAGCCGCGGGGCACGGGGUCGGGCAGGCCCGCAGGACCCGGAGGGGAGGGCGCGCGGCGCCCGCUUCGGGCCCCUCCGAGGGCCGUGGCUCGGCCGGCCCCGGGCCCGAGCCGCUGUCUCCUGAGGGCUUCGCCGCUGGCCCCCGCGGGCCGAGCUCACCUGGCCGCCCCCACCGCGGGCCGAGCUCACCUGGCCCCUCCGCCGGCCGAGCUCACCGGGCCGCCCCCGCGGGCCGAGCUCACCUGGCCGCCCCCACCGCGGGCCGAGCUCACCGGGCCGCCCCCGCGGGCCGAGCUCACCUGGCCGCCCCCGCCGGCCGAGCUCACCUGGCCGCCCCCGCCGGCCGAGCUCACCGGGCCGCCCCCGCCGGCCGAGCUCACCUGGCCGCCCCCGCCGGCCGAGCUCACCGGGCCGCCCCCGCCGGCCGAGCUCACCUGGCCCCUCCGCGGGCCGAGCUCACCUGGCCCCACCGCGGGCCGAGCUCACCGGGCCGCCCCCGCCGCGGGCCGAGCUCACCUGGCUCCACCGCCGGCCGAGCUCAGCGGACCGCCCCCGCGGGCCGAGCUCACCUGGCCGCCCCCACCGCGGGCCGAGCUCACCUGGCUCCACCGCCGGCCGAGCUCAGCGGGCCGCCCCCGCCGGCCGAGCUCAGCGGGCCGCCCCCGCCGGCCGAGCUCCGCGGGCGGACGCGAGGCCCGGCGUCCGGAGGAGAUGCCGCUGACCUUCCAGGAUGUGGCUGUGUACUUCUCCCCGGCCGAGAGGCAGCGGCUGGGGCCCCAGCAGCGGGCGCUGUACAGAGACGUGAUGCUGGAGAACUACGGGAACGUGGCCUCCCUGGGAUUCCCUGUGCCUAAGCCGGAGCUGAUCUCCCAGCUGGAGCAAGGGGAGGAGCUGUGGGUCCUGGACCUUGUGGGUGCUGAGGAUCCAGAGUUCUUGAGCUGCUGGACAGUGAAGUCCCCGAAGAUGUCUCCAUUAUGUCUUGGUUGGCUGGAGAUUGUCUUCUAGAAGUUUCUGAAGAAAGGCUCUUGUGAAUUAUAGAUCCCAAUUUUGUGUACA